CAGAUGAUAGAAAGAUAUUACGAAACAAAACUUGAAUUUCGAUCGAGGAACCUAGGAGAUUCUAAACUUUUUAUACAGGGUAGGAUCAUUAUUGUCAUUUGACCGUCUCUGCAACAACUAUUUCUUCAUCAGUCCUCUCCUUUUAGCACUAGCAGAACCCCAUUGCAGCUGCAAUGGCGGUUUCUGCUGAUGACAAAGAAUGUAAAGAAGAAGAGGUGAAUGAUUGUCCAAUCGAGGAAGUCCGGCUAACAGUUCCAAUCACCGACGACCCAACAAUGCCGACGUUAACGUUUCGAACUUGGGUGUUAGGGGUUCUGUCAUGCAUGUUGCUUUCCUUCAUAAAUCAGUUUUACCGGUUUCGACAGAACCCGGUGAGCAUUGGAUCCAUCUCUCUUCAACUGGCAAUUCUUCCGGUGGGAAAGCUGAUGGCUGCGACAUUGCCGGUGAAAACAGUGAGGGUUCCGAUGCUGGGAGGAGGGUGGUCAUUCUCGUUGAACCCUGGACCAUUCAACAUGAAGGAGCACGUCCUCAUCACCAUUUUUGCAAACGUCGGAAGUGGUGGUGUCUACGCGAUCCACAUUGUCACCAUUCUUAGAAUUUUCUACAAGCAGGACAUCCAACCCGUCAUUGCCAUUUUGCUAACCCUAACUACCCAGAUGCUUGGAUAUGGUUGGGCUGGUCUCUUUCGAAAGUUCCUCGUUGAUUCACCCUACAUGUGGUGGCCAGCCACCCUCGUUCAGGUGUCUCUGUUCAGGGCUCUCCAUGAGAAAGAAAUAAGGUUAAAGGGUAGAUUGUCAAGUUUCCAAUUCUUCGUGAUAGCCCUUGGCUCAUGCUUUGCUUACUCAGUUUUCCCAGCCUAUCUCUUCCCUUCAUUAACUGCUCUCUCAUUCAUAUGUUGGAUAUGGCCUAAGUCAAUCACAGCCCACCAAAUUGGUGCAGGGGUACAAGGGCUGGGUCUUGGAUCAUUUGCACUCGACUGGAAUGUGGUGACUGCCUUUUUGAGUAGUCCACUGUCCUACCCACCAUACUCCAUUAUAUGCUCGCUUGCGGGUGCCUUCCUCGCACUUUAUGUUUUAAUCCCGAUUGCUUAUUGGACCAAUUCUUUCGAGUCUAAGCGGUUUCCCAUUUUCUCCAGUGGGACAUUUGAUGAAUAUGGUAACAGCUACAAUGUUACACGGAUCUUGAACUUGAAGACUUUCGAGUUCAAUGAACAUGCUUAUGAUAACUACAGUAAGGUCUACGUCAGUAUCGCUUUUGCAUUUACUUAUGGUGCGAGCUUUGCAACAUUAGCGGCAAGUCUCUCCCAUGUAGCCCUUUUUGAUGGAAGAUCAAUUUGGCGACAAAUGAAGUCAAGCAUAAAAGAUAAGACUGGAGAUGUCUACAACAGGAUAAUGAACAAGUAUGAUUCAGUCCCACAGUGGUGGUUUUAUUCAAUCUUUGCGUCAGUGCUUGGACUAUCUGUUUUCACAUGUGAAGGUUUUGAUAAAAAACUACAACUUCCUUAUUGGGGGAUCCUAUUAGCCAUUGCUGUGGGUCUAGUUUUCACGUUGCCUAUUGGUAUAAUAACAGCAACUACAAACCAACAACCUGGUCUGAAUGUGAUCACAGAGCUAAUUAUUGGCUAUCUUUAUCCGGGAAAACCCAUUGCCAACGUGGCUUUCAAGACCUACGGUUAUAUAAGUAUGGUGCAAGCAAUCUUUUUCAUUUCAGAUUUAAAGCUGGGACACUACAUGAAGAUCCCUCCUAGAUCAAUGUUCAUAGUUCAGAUGGUUGGGACAUUGAUCAACAACAUGACCCAGUUCGGCACAGCAUGGUGGCUUCUAAAUGGUGUGGAGAAUAUUUGUGAUGUUCAUCACUUGCCAAAGGGAAGUCCAUGGACAUGCCCAGGUGACCAUGUAUUCUACAGCGCUUCCAUUAUAUGGGGAGUGGUUGGGCCACUUCGCAUGUUUGGGAAGCUUGGUGUGUAUGUGAAGUUGAAUUGGUUCUUCCUUGUUGGUUUUCUUUCACCAGUGCCAGUUUGGUGGUUAAGUCGCAAGUUUCCACAAUACAAAUGGAUACGACUCAUCCACAUGCCCCUCAUCUUCUACAAUGCUUCCUCCUUUCCAGAGGCUAAGGCUGUCAACUAUUGGACUUGGGGUAUGGUUGGCAUCUUCUUCAAUGUCUAUGUGUAUCGGAGGUAUAGAGGGUGGUGGGCUAGGCACAAUUAUGUUCUCUCAGCAGCCUUAGAUGCAGGGGUUGCUUUCAUGUCCAUCCUUAUCUAUUUUGUUCUCGAAAUGAAUGGGAUCCCUGGUCCAGAUUGGUGGGGUUCAGAUCAAGGUGAUCAUUGCCUUUUAGCAUCUUGUCCUACACAUCCAAGGAUUAAGGUUGAUGGAUGCCCAUCUGUUUCAUGAGAUUUCUCUCCUUUUUCCUUUUUCCCUUUCUUUUGAGAAAAGUUCCUCUAAGCGAACAGCUCGGAAAGGAAUCUCCAAGCAGCCUGCUGCAUUUUUGCCACGUGGAAGAGUGAUAUGAUAAUUCUGACCCUAGGAAGGAUAUCUAGAGAGCGGUAUUGAUUGACCAGUACUAUCAAAUUUCAGAACCUAAUUCAAUCAAAUACCCUCCUAUAUAUUGGCAUCAUCCCAAUAUUUUUCCAUGCUCACUUACUGUAACUCCGGCAAUUACUGUGUACAGUCUUGGAUUUUUGAUAACCUGUAUUUAGCCACCUUAAAAUUUUUGAUUGGGUUGAAACUUCAAAUGUGGGCAGGGGAAUUAGGGUUUAAAUGUCGAUAAAUUUUGAGCCCCACCUGUUUUACCACAUGGCAGAUCUCUAGCUGCCUGCUUAGAGAACCAUCUCCCUUUUUUUUGGCCCUUUUAAUUGUAUUUUUUUGUAAAGUAUACUUUAUUUAGUUUUAGGCAAAAUUUUUCUGAAUAGUUGAAAUCAAUGGAUAGGGAUUGAUAA